AUCCGGGAAAAUUUGGGUGAGACUCUGGGAAAAUUUGGGUGAGACUCUGGGAAAAUUUGGGUGAGACUCCGGGAAAAUUUGGAUGAGAAUCCGGGAGAAUUUGGGUGAGACUCUGGGAAAAUUUGGGUGAGACUCUGGGAAAAUUUGGGUGAGAAUCUGGGAGAAUUUGGGUGAGACUCUGGGAAAAUUUGGGUGAGACUCUGGGAAAAUUUGGGUGAGAAUCUGGGAGAAUUUGGGUGAGACUCUGGGAAAAUUUGGGUGAGAAUCUGGGAGAAUUUGGGUGAGACUCUGGGAAAAUUUGGGUGAGAAUCUGGGAAAACUUGGGUGAGACUCCGGGAAAACUUGGGUGAGAAUCUGGGAAAAUUGGGGUGAGACUCUGGGAAAAUUGGGGUGAGACUCUGGGAAAACUUGGGUGAGACUCUGGGAAAAUUUGGGUGAGAAUCUGGGAAAACUUGGGUGAGACUCCGGGAAAACUUGGGUGAGAAUCUGGGAAAAUUGGGGUGAGACUCUGGGAAAAUUGGGGUGAGACUCUGGGAAAAUUGGGGUGAGACUCUGGGAAAAUUUGGGUGAGAAUCUGGGAAAAUUUGGGUGAGAAUCUGGGAAAAUUGGGGUGAGACUCUGGGAAAACUUGGGUGAGACUCUGGGAAAAUUUGGGUGAGAAUCUGGGAAAAUUGGGGUGAGACUCUGGGAAAACUUGGGUGAGACUCCGGGAAAACUUGGGUGAGACUCUGGGAAAAUUUGGGUGAGAAACCGCCGGGCUCUGACUUUUAUCUUAAUUUAAGGGUGAUUUUCCCACCUUUUCCCCCUUUUUCCUCCCCCCGGCCGCUGCUUUCAUUCCCCUCCCCGCAAUUUUGCCGAGGAAAAUGCACAGAACAGGCGCAACCUGGGGUUUAUUGAACUGUUUUGGGGCGUUAUUACUCAUUCCCGGUGCCCUUUUCCGCUCGUUUGCUCUCCAAACCCCGCGCCGGCUGGCGGGGGACGGAUUCGAGGCCCUUUGACGUCAGCCCUUAUCUCCCCCGGCCACGUUUUCCCGGGGGGGCCACCGGCGAAAUUCUCCGCCUCUCGCAGGAUUUCUCUGGACGUGAGGGAGUUGGCGUCGCUUUAUCUCCGAUUUUAAGCAUUUUUUUUUUUCCUCAAACCCGGUCGGAUUUGAUCACUCAAGAAAUCAAGGAGGCGGGGAUGGAUUUGAGGCGGAUUCAUCCCUGAGCCCGCACAAGGAAUGGGAAUUUUGGGCUAUAAUCGCGUCUACGAGCCGGGAGGAGACGCCGCCCUGGGCGCCAUGGCUUUCCUCCUCAAACCACGCCCGCGGGAUCUUGCCCCAGACUAUGACGCGGUGAAAGAGUUUGAAGUUGACGUGACCCUGGAUCCGGCCACGGCGGGCCCGGAGGUGAUCCUCUCCGAGGACCUCAAAGAGGCCGCUUGGGGCCGACCUGGACGCCGGUGGCCCGACGGUCCGGCCCGCUUCGACACGGACCCCUGCGUGCUGGGCAGCGAGGGCUUCGCCUCGGGCCGUCACUACUGGGAGGUGGAAGCCACCGGGCGCUUCUGGGCUGUCGGGGUGGCCCGCGAAUCGCUUCGGAGGAAAGGCCGCAUCCUCUUCAAGCCCGACGCCGAGAUUUGGGGUCUGCAGAAGUACGACGAGCUCUGCGUGGCGCUCACGGCUCCUUCCAACACCGCCGUCCCGCUCCUCGCGGGCGAGAUCGGCGUCUACCUGGACUACGAGGUCGGACAGGUCUCCUUCUACGCCGUCGGCGCCCGCCGACGCAUCUUCACCUUCCCCGUGGCCUCCUUCCGCGGAGAGAGGGUCUUCCCUUACUUCGGCGUCCUCCUCUCCACCGUCAGGCUGUGCCCCAAGGGCUGAGGCGCCGGCGGGGUCCCCCCGACGCCGGUUCUUCCACGGUGGUCGGAAAGGUUGAGUUUGGACGUCAACGUCCUCGACGCUCCUCGACUCUUCGUUUUCCAGGUUUUGGGAGUCGUUUGCACCUCAGCUCCUGGCCUCCGUCUUGGGGGGUCCCGCCUCCGUCUUGGGGGGCCCUGCCUCUGUCUUGGGGGGUCCCACCUCCAUCUUGGGGGGCCCUGCACCCGUCUUGGGGGGUCCUGCCUCUGUCUUGGUGGGCCCUGCCUCCAUCUUGGGGGGUCCCACCUCCAUCUUGGGGGGCCCUGUACCCGUCUUGGGGGGUCCCGCCUCUGUCUUGGUGGGCCCUGCCUCCAUCUUGGGGGGUCCCACCUCCAUCUUGGGGGGCCCUGUACCCGUCUUGGGGGGUCCCGCCUCUGUCUUGGUGGGCCCUGCCUCCAUCUUGGGGGGUCCCACCUCCAUCUUGGGGCAUCCCGCCGCCAUCUUGGGGGGUCCCGCCGCCAUCUUGGGCACUGCUACCUCCAUCUUAGGGGCCCCGCCUCCAUCCUGGGGGGUCCUGCCUCCAUUUUAGGGCAUCCUA